AUGAAUUCUAGCUGUAGCGUAACCGAAUAUGCAGAAAUGGUGGGUAGAUUGAGGGAAGAUUUCAGCCAAAAAUUGAAAGUAAUCGAAUUUCAUGAGGAUGAGAGAUCCCCACAAAACAAUUACUACCCUAAUGAUCAGCUUUUAAACGAUGAGAGUCCACGUCUACAACCAGUAGUACAAGAUCAAGAAGAAAAAGAAGAGGAGGAGGAGGAAUUCAGUUUCGUACGCACAAAUCUACAACCAGUAUUACAAGAUCAAGAAGAAAAAGAAGAGGAGGAGGAAUUCAGUUUCGUAUGCAUAAAUCCAUCCGGACCAUUGAUAUCAGCAGAAGAUAUAUUCCAAAACGGGCAGAUAAGGCCCAUUUACCCUUUAUACAAACGAGAUGAUCUCCUGCUUGCCGAGGAUGUUACGAUUAAAGCAAAAGCAUCAACUUCAACUACGUUAAUGUUCGUGGAAGAGUGCAGCAAAACAGAGGGACCGUGCUGCUUGUGGUCUGGUGGGCGCAAAGCAUCAUUAAAUCAACAGAUAUGCAAGAAAGGCAACUUGGCAAGGUUUUCAAAGUUAAGGAGGUUUGGAGAAUUUGUUCUUCGAAGCAACAGCCGGCUUGGCAAGGACGCCUUUAUCUUCUUCAAUCAUGAACAUUAUUCUUUUAAACAUUCAACAACGAUUACGACGACUGCCUGCAAGAAAGUUGUUGAUCAGCAGAAGAAGAAAAAGUGGGGACAAGCAAAGAUAGAGCGAUAA